CAGCGGACCGAGUGGACCUCUUGAUACGAUUGUUCCUAGUUAAUUUUUUUUAUCGCUGAUAUGAAAAGUCACUAAAGCCGCACAAAUCUGUAUCUGUAGGUUGCCGUUCGCAGUUGUGCACAAAAUAGUUCAGCGCAAAUUUUUGUUUAAUUUAUAAAAGUUCGUUUAGUUUCCGUGAAAAUACUGGAUUAACUUGUACGUUAAUAUCAAAAGUCACAGCAAAAUGCGAUUGUUUCCGGUGCGUUUCUCCAAUAUCAAUAAAAUGUUGGAUUUUUACUCUCAGUUUAACCCAUCGCCCUUGAGCAUCAAGCAGUUCAUUGAUUUUGGUCUCAAUGCUUGCCCUACUAAAUCGUUUAUAUUUUUGCGCAAAGAACUGCCAGUGAGAUUGGCAAAUAUUAUGAAAGAGAUUACUUUGCUACCUGAGAGCUUAUUAAGAAUGCCAUCGGUGGGUCUAGUCAGUGCAUGGUACGUGAAAAGUUUCGAAGAAAUGCUAGCGUUUGAGAAAACCGAUCCCUCUGAUGAUAAUUUGGAGAAAUUUUGUAAAUCUCUAACAAAGAUCCGCGAUCGACACUCAGAUGUUGUACAAACAAUGGCACAGGGUAUUCUAGAGCUAAAAGAAUCACGUAAUGGUCUUAUUGAACCCUCUACAGAACUUUCCAUGCAGUAUUUUCUGGAUAGAUUAUACAUGUCUCGCAUUAGCAUUCGUAUGCUAAUUAACCAACACACUAUUUUGUUCGGUGAAAUACCGCAAACCGGUAGGCACGUGGGGUGUAUAGACCCUCUCUGUGACCCCCACAUGGUAGUUCGUGAUGCUUAUGACAAUGCUCGAUUUCUUUGUGACCAGUACUAUUUGGCCAGUCCUGAACUAGAGGUGAUAGAGCAUAAUGAUUUGGAAAAGGGAAAGCCAAUCAAAAUCGUGUAUGUACCAUCACACUUGUAUCAUAUGCUCUUCGAGUUAUUCAAAAACGCUAUGCGUGCUGUUAUGGAGUAUCACGGUGCGGAAGAUGACAUCCCUCCCAUUCAGGUUACAAUUGUAAAGGGCAAAGAAGAUAUCUGUGUGAAAAUGUCUGAUCGUGGAGGUGGUAUUCCUAGAUCCCAGGUUGACCAACUUUUCAAGUACAUGUACAGUACCGCUCCGCAGCCCCCAAAAUCAAAGUCGGAUCUACCGUUGGUUCCACUUGCCGGUUACGGCUAUGGAUUGCCAAUCUCGCGACUCUAUGCACGUUACUUUCACGGCGACUUGGUCUUAUUUUCUUGCGAAGGAUACGGGUCUGAUGCAGUGAUAUAUUUAAAAGCUCUUUCGGACGAGGCGAACGAGUUAUUGCCUAUCUUCAACAAAACAAGCUCUCGUUUUUAUAAGGCCACUGUACCUACUGGUGAUUGGUCUAAUCAGAACUCGGAUAUGAACUCAAAACAGAUCAACGCACAAACGAGACGCAGUACAACUGUUUCGAAUGGAAUAUAGAAUAAUCUGCGGGCGGUUCUUAGGUUUCCUAACAUCUUCUAACGUUUAUUUUAUACAUCAACCUCAUGUUUCUGUGUUAACUUAUUAAUGAAGUCAGACAUUUGAAUAAUAUUAUACUACGAGUCUUUCCAAGAACCGACUAAAAUGGUAGAAGCAGACACAUAGCUGCCUAUAGUGUCUCCAUAGGUGAGUUAAGAAGUGAAGCAAGUUAUUAAAGCAACACCUGCAGGUUCGUGUAUAGAUAGUAAAGUAAACAUAGCAGAGCGAAAAUGACUAAUUGGUCCAUGACCGCAGGUCUGGCUGAACAAAGGGAAGAAAUCUCUGCCUAUGGUUUCCCACCAUGGUUGAGGCUGACACCAGGAGAGGUUCUUAUCAACACAUGUUCUUCAUCAAACUUUGCACACAUGUUCCCUGAGAUAAGGCAAUCAGCACUGGAG